GUCCGUGUUAUUCGCCUGUGGUUACAUUGGAAGAAACAUAUUGCACCAUAACAUUUUAAUGGUUGUGAUUGUAACUGUAAGACCAAAGGAGGUCCUAUUUAAUGACGCUCCCAUUCGUCUGUCAGCCGAUCGAAGACCGCAUGCAGAGGACAACGAAGUUCAUGGCAUAUAGUUCAAUCAACAAAGUUCGGUCGUCCGUGCUUCGUCGACAGUAUUUGAUAGUGUCUUCGCUGCCAAAGUCUUCAAAGCACAGAGUGAUUUAUUCGAUAUGUUCGUAGUUGACUGCCCAUAGCGCCUUUGUUGUAGCCACCCGCAUACACUUUUAGGCCGAGCUAGCUUUAGCUUUAGUGCCAGCGUGUUAGGAUUAAGCAGACUUCACGUUGUGCUUGAGAUUGGGCACAAUCAGGUCGCCAGAGAGACGCAUUUGCACGUCUGUGGCAUAAUCCGACCGCGGACGAUCCAAAGACAAAGCUAGGAACAUCGGUGAGCACAUCUGUCGGAAGAGCAUCCGUUCCUUACCAUCUCCCCGAUUGCGAAAGUCUCGAAGAAAAACAACUGGGCAAGGAACGUCCACUGUCAGAGAACGAAUUCUACAGCACAUGAUUAAUCACUGCUAAGGUGAAUCAUGGCUGGGCGUAACAGAUCGGACAGCAACUCGGGCUUGGAGUCGAGCAAUGCCAGCAGCGUGCCUCUGCCCAAUGUUAGGGUGAAUAAGAAUGUGAAACACCCAGAGACGUGGACGCUGCCGCAAGAAUGGAACAUGGAAGUCCGCGAGAGGUUUGGGGGAUGGAAGAAAGAUGUUCAGAGUCAGAUUGUGAAUAUAGGUAUACAACUGGAUUCCUCGAUGAAGAAUACGGGAUCAGAUGGGUUGUACCAGGACGGUCUGACCGAGGCCGAACGCCGUCAUCUGCUGGAGCGGGAGGUAGCGCAAUUCACAUACACAGGACCCUCUAAGGUCGGGUGCAAGUGUAAAUCAUUCUUCUAAAGGAACAAUGCACAGAUUCUCCUUGUGAGAGGUAAACUAGUCAGCAACUGCCAUUCACCCCUUCCGGAGAAAACAAUCUUAGAACAACUUGCACCACCAUUGUGAUUGGCUCAUUGCAUGCACUAACGCGGUGAAGCAGGUUUCAGUGCCGGUUUCUCAUUGGACAAUGUACAUGAAAUAUACAUGGUAAAUCAAGGCAGAUACCCGGAAGUGCGUCACGGCGGAGUUCAUACGGCGCCAAUCUUGACACUGGAGGCGCUGAUUUCGCGAGAUUCCGCCGUGUCUUCUUAUAGAAGGAUGAAAUUGGGUUAUUUUGACAAUGAAGUUACGUGUAACGUGGAUGCUUAAAUUCUCUCCUGAGAAACCAAAUCUAUCGCCAAGGCUUUGUCAUUUAACGCCUGACUGCACCCAAACCGAACCUACAAACGCAUUUGCUUUGCGAUGUCUCAUGCGCUGUGCGAUUCCAGCAAAAUCGCAUUCUCUAGAAACCUAUACCCUGCGCGCCAUCUUUAGAGUAAAUUUCCACGCCACUGCGUGUUCUGACGCCGAACGAUGGUCGAGCAGGGGUCUCGGUUUGCCACUGAACGCGAUUUGCUUGAUAGGAAUAGGAUUCGCUGAGAAGAUAUCCGCAAGUUGCGAUUUGUUGUUUCAGAUGCAUUACAUCUAUAGUCUUUUAAUCGAUUCCAUCAUCCGUAUUCCGUUCCAAGUCUUUACAUGUAUCAUUUGUGCCUAAUUCACUGUAAAUGGUCACAAGUUCACGUGUAAUUUACGUUACUAUAGUAAUUAUUAAGAUGUGUUUUGGAAAAUAAGAAUUAGCGAGCGAAAUCUCGUGGCAAUGUCA